AUGGAUGAUUUGGAACUUGUAAUGCAUCACUAUGUGCAACAGUUCAUGGAAAGUCAUCAAGAUUUGGCCAAAAAUUUUGUAAAAAGCGAUCGAGUGAAUGCCGAAGAGAAGUGGAAAGAGCUAGCCAUGUUAUUGAAUGCAGAAGGUCCACCACAGAAAGAUGUGAAUGGUUGGAAAAAAAUAUGGUCUGACUGGAAAGCGAACAUUAAAAAAAAGGUAGCACAUGAUAAUAUGGAGUCGAGGGCAACAGGAGGACGGCCUUUUAAUAAAUAUAUAUUAACCCAAAAUGAGGAGAGUGUGGCUCGAAUUUGUGGCAUAUUUGCGGCAGUCGAGGGCAUAGCACAAGCUAGGACAUUCGGGACACAAGAGGAAACUGAAAGUGUGAAAGUUGGUGAGUCCGAUGAAGAUGAACCUCCGCAGAAAAGCCACGCCGCCGUCAGUGCGCAGCCACGGAAAAGAGCAAGAACCGUGGAUAAUGAAGAUUGUCUCCGUUUGUGUAUGACAACACAAAAUGAAACAAUGAAAACAAUUGCAAUAACGCUGGGAGAAAUAUGCGAGAACCAAAAAAACAAUGAAAACAAUUAUGAUUUUGAACGCCUUUGUAAAGCGGUGGAAACCCAAAACCAACUUCUAGCGGAACAGAAUAGUUUAAUGCGACGUGACAUAGAAGAAAAAAAGAAACAUCAUAUCAAGAUGGAACAGUUGGUACAAGAAAAAGUCAAAAUAAAAAGAGGAUGCUCGAGUUAG